AUGCCCCCCUACGUCCCCCGAAAGCGUCUCUCUUCCGAGGAUCCGCCCGCCGCAAAACGUCGUCAUGCGACGCCUCCCAUCGCCGCUGUCAUCGAAGACACCGACACCGAAUCGUCCCUGAGUGACGUCCCCGAAGAGACAGAAACGCCCCAGGUACCAGAUGGAUCGGAUGAGGAAAGCAGCGACUCCGACGAGGUCGACUGGGAAGACGCCAUCGAGUCCAAUGCCAACGCCACCCCAGUUACGCCCUCCAUCCUCAACCCCGACCAGCACCAGGACCUGGAGUUGACAUUAGACAAGAACGAGAUCCACCUGACUGACCUACUCGAAGGCAAAAAGGGUCCGUCAAAGAUCGAACGCCAAAUCCGCAUCCAGACCCAUUGUCUACAUGUACAGUUUCUGCUCCACCACAACGCCAUCCGCAAUGUCUGGGCCAACGACUCCCAGCUCCACGAGAUCCUGCGCCGCAAGCUGCCCCAACCAAUACACAAGGAGGUCAAGAAAUGGCGCAUUGCAUCCGGUCUCGAGGCUCCAGAGCCGCCCCCGGAGAAGAAGUCGAAGAAAGGAAAAGGGAAGCAGCGUCGCCAGUCAGAACGGGAUUGGGCUGAAGGCUCGUCGCGACUUGAACCCGGCCAACCUGACAUGAGCAGCGGUGACCCUAUAAUCAUCCUUCUCAAAGUCCUCGCCGCCUACUGGAAGAGCAAGUUCAAGAUCACCGCCCCUGGCCUACGAAAACACGGCUACCGCCCCAUGGCUCAAUUGGAGGCUCAGAUCAAAUCAUUCCACAAGGACGACCACGACCCCGAAAAGCACGGCGAGAGGAUAGCCAACAUUGAAGAGUUCCGCCACGCUGCACAGAACAUGCAGGGCUCUCGAGACGUAGGCGCCCAGCUGUUCACGGCUCUGCUGCGUGCGCUCGAUAUCGAAGCCCGACUGGUCGCCAGUCUGCAGCCCCUUGGCUUCGGCUGGACCAAGAGCGAGACCUAUACUACCAAGCCAAGCGCAGACACCGAGCCAUCGACGGAGAACGCAGAGACAGAAGACGCCAUUGACAUGGAGUCCGAUAGCAGUGACGACGACACAAAGCCCGCCCGCAGCAAAUACUUCAACAAAUACGAUGAGGACCUACCCUUUCCCAUCUACUGGACCGAAGUCGCCUCGCCCAUCACCCACCAAAUCAUCCCCGUCGACCCGCUAAUUCUCCGCAACCCUGUCGCCACGACCCCGGAGCUCCAGGCAGCCUUCGAACCUCGCGGCGGCAAAGCCGAAAAGGCGAAGCAAGUCAUCUGCUACGUUGUGGCCUACUCGUCCGACAAAACCGCCAAAGACGUGACAACACGCUAUCUCCGCCGCCGCACCUGGCCCGGCAAAACCAAAGGCUACCGAAUCCCCGUCGAGAAGAUCCCCAUACCAGGCCGCAAAGGCAAAUUCUACGAAAUCGACUGGUUCCGCGUAAUCCUCCGCGUCUACCAACGCCCUACACCCCUUCGCACCGCCGUCGACGACCUCGAAGACACCAAGGACCUCCUCCCGAACCAACCCGAACGCAAACCCGGCAAAGAAGGCGACACGCUUCAAAGCUUGCGCACAUCCACCGAAUUCGUCCUCGAACGCUUCCUCCGGCGCGAAGAAGCCCUCAAACCCGGCGCACGCCACGUCCGCACCUUCAAAACAGGUAAAGGCGCCAAAGCCAAAGAAGAGAAAGUCUUCCGGCGCAAAGACGUCCUGAAAUGCCUCUCCGCUGAGAGCUGGCACAAAGAAGGCCGGCGACCCAAGGCGGGCGAGAUGCCCCUGAAACGCGUGCCCAUCCGCGCCGUAACUCUCCUCCGCAAACGCGAAGUCGACGAAUUCGAGCGCCAGAAUGGCGAAAAGCCCAAACAGGGCCUCUACGCUAUCCACCAAACGGAAUAUAUCAUCCCCGAUCCAAUCUGCGAUGGCGUCAUUCCCAAGAAUGAAUACGGAAACAUCGACUGCUUCGUCCCUAGCAUGGUGCCCCGUGGCGCGGUCCAUAUCCCCUGGCCCGGAACCGUGCGCGUAUGCAAGAAACUCGGCGUCGAUUACGCAGAAGCAGUCACGGGGUUCGAGUUCGGGUCGAAGAUGGCUGUCCCUGUUAUCCAGGGCGUGGUUGUCGCAGAGGAAAACGAGGACCUCGUUAAAGACGCUUGGUUAGCGGAUGACGCGGAGAAACGUAAACGGGAGCAGCGCAAAGCCGAGGCGCGAAUUUUGCAAACCUGGCGGAAGUUUCUCUUCGGAUUACGGAUCAAGCAGCGCGUGCAGGAGGAGUAUGGUGGGAAUGCAGACGAGGGGGUGGAUCAUGAGCGGGAUGCUCAUAAUCCGUUUACGAAUCGUCGUGGUCGGUUUCCUGAUCAGGAUGCUUCUGCGUCUGCGUCUGCUUCUGCUCCUGCUCAUCCGGCUCCGGAUGAGCACGACGACGAAGUCCAUGGUGGCGGGUUCUUACUGCCUGGUGAGGAUGAGGACGUAGAUCGAGGUGGUGGCUUCCUUCUUCCUGGUCAGGAGGGAGAUGAUCAUGAUGAUGGGGGAUUGAUUGUUGAUCAUCACGAACAACAGCACCAACAUGUACCGACUGAGCCUGUCACACCGGAGGCUGUUGAUGCGGAGAUUGCCGAUAGUGAUGAUGAUGAAGAAGGUGACGAUGACGAUGGCAAGGUGGAGAAUCCGAUCUCGUUGAGCUCUGACUCGGAAGACCUCUCGUCCCCGGUAGAGAUACCGGAUUCCGAAGGAUCAGAUGCAGAGUCCGAGUCGGAAUAUGAGCCGGUGGCGCCACCGCCGCCGCCGCCAACGACGCGGAGGAGUACGAGAAGGAGUGGUCGUCGAUAG